UGUAUUAUAACGCAAGGUGAGAGAUACUCAAACAUACAUUCUCGUGCUUUCUUACUCAUAUAAAAAUCAAUUUUUAGAAUUGACUGAAUGGAUCUAUCUUAAGAAAUAGUCAUGAUUUCUUAUCGCUUCCUGUUCAGUGCAUUUUUAUUGAUUAUUCUUGUCGCUCUAAAACUGGUAUUCGCAUAUAAUAAUGUGAAUAUAGAAAAAAAUGAAAAUUUGAACGAGAUUUCCGCACGAUAUCGACUACCCAAGAAUAUUAUUCCUAUAUCAUAUGAUUUAUCGAUUUACACUCAUCCCACUGACGCGGAUUAUGAUGGUCACGUACGAAUCAUUUUACAAAUACUGGAAAAAACAGACUCCAUCGUUCUGCACACAGAUGAAUUAAUUAUACAACCAAAUAUAUCUUUAUCGGAUAAAUCAGGUCAAUUGAUUCCGAUUUUGUAUUACGUUUACGAUCAAGAAACACAAAUGUUUACGAUUAAACUAGUCCAUGCAUUGGAAUCUGCAGAAUACACAAUAGAACUAUUCUUUAAAGGAUACAUCGCAAAUGAUGUUUUCGGUUUUUACGCAAGUCUAUAUGAAGUUGAAGGAAAACUUAGACGAAUCGGCGUAACUCAGUUUUCACCCACGUAUGCACGUCGUGCUUUUCCAUGCAUGGACGAGCCAUAUUUAAAAGCAGAAUUUCAAGUGCGAAUUGGUCAUCAUAAAGAUCAAAAUGCGACAAGUAAUACUCCAGUGGAAUCUAUACGAAUGAAAAAUGAUACUUACUAUGUGACCACAUUCCGUCGCACGCCGCGAAUUUCCACAUACUUGGUAGGAUGGACAGUGCACAACUUUAUCCCGGAACGAUCAAGAAUUUCAGAGAAUUUCAAGAUGUGGACAAGAGACUCCAUGAAAUUUCGCGGAUCGAUGGCCUUGAAUCGCGGCCAGGAAAUUUUCUCGGCAUUGCAGACAUGGUUAUCGGUGAAGAGCCCACUCGAAAAAGUCGAUCAAUUCGCAAUACCAGAUUUCAAUUUUAACGCAAUGGAGAAUUGGGGUCUCAUCACUUAUCGUGAAUCCGUAGUAUUACAUGAGGACGGAAUCACGCCGACGAAAAUAGUGUUGAAUGGGUUGACAACGAUGGCUCACGAGUACGCUCACACUUGGUUCGGAAAUCUGGUGACACCUGAAUUCUGGAAUGUCGUAUGGCUGAAGGAGGGUUUCGCUACAUAUUUCCAAUAUUUUGGGGUAUCCAUAGCGGAUCCUAAUCUGAAAAUGAUGAACUUAUUCGUAGUAGAUUGUCUUCAACCGACAUUACUUGCAGAUUCUGAUGAUCAUAUACGUACAUUGAACGGACGAGGAGUCGGAAACCGUAGCAGUAUUAUGGCUACUUUAGAUUUCGUUUCUUAUAAAAAAGCUGCAUCCAUAAUUCGUAUGACCAAUCAUAUCAUCGGAAAUACAGCUUUUCAAUUAGGCUUGCAGAGUUAUUUGCACGAAAUGUCAUAUCAAGCAGUAUUUCCAUUCGAUUUAUAUCGACACUUGCAGACUGCGUCAGAUAAAUCAGGACAACUACCCAAGUAUCUAGUCGUAAAAGAUAUCAUAGAGUCCUGGGCAAAUCAACCGGGAUAUCCCUUGGUAACAAUUACACGAAAUUACACCACGAAAAUUCUUUUCGCCUCGCAAGAACGAUUUUAUCUGAGCCACCAUGCAACGCAAACGGAUAAAUCUGGUUGGUGGAUACCGUUGACUUUUGUAAUUGAAGAAUCAAAUACCACAUUUGAUCGAAUCAAUACUGCAGCAUGGUUGGAGCCGCAGGUCAAGAACGCGAUAAUUGGUUCUUUAGAAUCAAACUCAUGGGUGAUUUUCAACGUUCAGCAAAUUGGAUAUUAUAGAGUCAAUUAUGACGAGAAUAACUGGAAGAUGCUUAUCGAUUAUCUCAGAUCAAAGAACUUUAAAAAAAUACACGCAAUAAACAGGGCUGCACUUCUAGAUGAUGCCUUUAAUUUAGCUAGAGCCGGUUAUGUGAAUUAUUCCAUUCCAUUUGAUAUUGCGACGUAUCUUAUUCAUGAAACCGAGUAUGAACCGUGGGUUGCUGCGAUAAAUAACUUUAAUUUUCUCAAUCAUAUUCUCGCUAGCUCGCCGCGAGUACAACAACUUUUUCAGGUCUAUGCAAAUCACUUACUUAAAUCUAUAUACCGUUUACUGAGCUUUAUCGAAAAUCCAACAGAUAAUUUAAUGAUAAAAUUACAUCGUGAAUUAAUCUUAUCAACUGCAUGUUCAGUUAACAAUAUCCACUGUCUAAGGAAAUCAAAAAUUUUAUUUGAUUCUUGGAUUUCUACAUCGGAAAAAAGAAUAUCAGCAAAUCUCAAGAGUUUCGUAUAUUGUGCGGGCAUUCGCGUAAAUGAUGAUAAUGAUUGGUAUACAGUUUGGAAUCGAUUCCUCUGUACUGAUUUACAUACAGAACAAGAGCUCUUGCUAAAUGCACUUGGAUGUACUAAAAAUCCACAAUUAAUCAACAAAUAUCUUAAUAUCUCCAUAACUUAUGAAUUCAAUGUCCGCAAACAAUACAGGAUGAUGAUAAAUAACGCUGUUUUGAAUGGGAAUCCCGAAAAUGUGAAUUAUGUUAUCGAUUUUAUUCACAAUAAUUUGCAUGCAAUUCUAAAAUUAAGAGGAAUAGAUUUCUUAAAUAAAAUGCUUACUGCUAUAGGGAAUAAAAUUAUAACUGAAGUUCAAUUAAACAAGUUUCGCAUUUUUGUUGACGAGAAUAUAAAAAAUCUAGGAUCAGCAUUGAUCUUAGCAAGAAAAGCCAUAGCGGUUUCUGAGGCAUCCAUAACAUGGAUUAAUAAAUUUUCACCUGCAAUCGAGAAAGCACUAUUAUUUAAUUAA